AUGGCCAUUGGGCGGACUCCGUGGCCUUGUGUUUCUGCCCCUGUAUCGGCCAUGUACCUAAUCGGGUUUUCAGUGUUUGAUGAAGUGUCGGAGAUACCUAGCUCUCUGUCGAAGCAAGGCAGGGACUUUGUCACCAAGUGUUUGAUGAGGGACCCAAUGGAAAGGUGGUCAGCUGUUGAGCUUCUCAAGCAUGGAUUUUUACUUGAGGCACCCAAUUAUUUGCUCAAUCCCACAACUGUGCUAGAUCAUGGCAAAGUGGCGUCGUUUUCUGGAGUGACCAAUUGGCCUUGUGAUGAUGAAGAUACUUGGGUCACAAUGAGAAGCAACAACAUUGAACAACCAGAUACGACGCUCCAUUGGAAUGAAUAUGAAGCCAAUGAUAUUUAUGACGACGAGCCUCAGCCAACAAACACAAAUGCAAAAACUACUUGUGGUGGUGGGUUGGGUUUAGACACUAGUGAGGCAGCUAGAUUUAGCAGUAGAGAGAGGAAGAAAAGCAAGGCUUGGACGGCCUCCAAAUAUACUUAA